CACCUUUUCCUGGCCAAGAAACUGACUUUUUUUUUUUUUCAAUGAUGGCGACUGCGGGAGGCUGGCUUGGGCGAGGCCUCCACCUCGGCAGGGCGUCGUUGGCAACGCCUGGAAGCGGCCAGGCCCGCGCUCGCCGCCCUCCUCGGUCUCCCCGCCGCCGCCCCCCUCCGUCCCCUCCGCCUGCCUGCCGCGUAGGUCCCGGCACCCGGGAGGCCGGGGCGACGCUUCGUUACGCGCGGCAGGCAGAAAACACCCAGGGGGAGCAAACAGCGGACAGAAAACGCAGCGGACUGACUUCCGGUCCGCCGGGCCCGCCGCGGUCAAGUUCCGCUCCGCGGCUUCCGGUCUGCUAUGCGCUUCCGGCCGGGUUCCAUCUAAACAGUUUUAAAGGACUUGAUGUUCUUCCUGAAAUGAGUUUGGUGAUUAGAAAUCUGCAACGCGCGAUCCCCAUUAGGAGAGUGCCACUUCGCAGGAAUGUGGAGAUUGUACGGAAUAUUUUAGGAGUGGAGAAAUUUGACCUGGGGAUCAUCUGUCUUGACAACAAGAAUAUUCAACAUAUUAACGGGAUCUACAGAAAGAAAAAUGUCCCAACCGAUGUGCUUUCUUUUCCAUUUCAUGAGGAUCUGAAAGCAGGUGAAAUUCCCCAGCCUGGAUUUCCAGAUGACUAUAACUUGGGAGACAUUUUCCUAGGAGUGGAAUAUAUCUUCCAGCAGUGCAAAGAGAAUGAAGAUUACUGUGACAUUCUGACUGUGACAGCCACUCAUGGACUCUGUCAUUUACUAGGGUUCACCCACAACUCAGAAGCAGAGUGGAGAAAGAUGUACCUUCAGGAGAAGCAGGUGCUGGAGGAGCUGAGCCGGCGCACUGGGGCCCAGCUCCAGCCCCUGAGCAGGGGUCUCUUCUGAUGCCACCGUGGGCACUGCAGGAUGCAGGGUUGGACCAAGGUCUCGGGUGUGCUAGACUCACUCGGACAUUGAAAAUACUAAGCCACCUUGCCCCUGGCCUCUCCCAAGUUUGUUUCUGUGGACACAACUACCCAGGUUCAAGAGGGGACUUGCCCUGCUUCCUCUGCACAGGAGGUGUGGGAGGCUCGAAGUUCCUUUGUACCUUGGGCCAGUCUUUCCGGAUCAUCCUCUGAAAGUUGAAAUAAACCCCAAGUUCCAGAGCCCGCAGGAUCAAAUGCCACCCAUGUCCUUGGUGGGAGCAGAUCAAGAGGGUGCUGGGCCCUUGCAUCUCCCACCACUGCUAAACAGGACCCCAGGCACAGUAGACACUGCGGGAGGUCAGUAAGAGACAGCCCUAAAACCUGGAGACACUAGGACUGCAGUGAUGUGUGACUCAGUAAAUGAUGCAGAAGCGUGGAAAUAUUUCCCAGUGGCAUCCGUCAGAAGGUGGGACAGGCCUGCCCUGUUCCUCUGGCCUCUAUGGGAUGUGCAUGGCCUGUCUGAGGUUAGCUAGGAUUGUUAUGUUUAGUGUCUAGCCUAGCAGAGCUCAGCAGACAUCAGCCCACUCCUAGGUCACAAGCCUCAGCAAAACUUGGUGCGGAGGGGUCGUGGGCUCCAUUAAAUCCCAGUGCUGCUUUUUUUUUUUGAGACAGGGUCUUGCUUUGUAGCCCAGGAUGGCCUCAAACUCAUAAUCCUGCCUCAGCCUCCCCAGCUGUGAGAUUGCAGGUAGGUACACCCUAUGCUUCUGAAGGCCUGGAUGAUCACUUGUGCCCCCAGCAGCAUUUAGCUAGCGAUCCUGGGCCUGGCCCGACCUGGAUGUGUCCCAGCCCCUGCCAGGGCUGUUUCCCUGGUGUGACUGGCUGUGCUAUCCCCCAUCACACUGCGCCUGACUGCUCAUUAUCAUCCUCUCACUGUUAUGCUCCUAUCGGUUGUCUAUUUUUGUACUUGUUUUCCUUUUUUCUUUUGAUUUGGUGUUUUUAUAUAGUUUUGAAAAACACUCUGUGUCUUAUUACAGAACAUAAGGAAGUGUCUUGGCCUAAAGGGGAGAAAUGAUGCCCACACCCCAGUUGGCAGCUGAGUCUGCAUCCAACACCAACCCCAGGCAACCCCAUGCCCCCCACCAGAGCCCACUGCACACUUCUCCUUCCCCACAGGCCCCUCAAACACCUGGCCUGUGGCAGGCAAGGGCACUGAGUGUGAGGGCAGCUCCUUGCCUGCCACUCUUGCAGACCAGCCCAGUCCAGCCAGUGGUGCACAGAGCCGGGACUCCCAGCGCUGACAUGUUCUCUUCACGCCGCCUACCAGCAAGGCCUGAAGUAAGGACAAUCAGCAGCUGCCAAAGUUCUUCCCCUGUCAAAUUAAUAAUUAUGGCAAGAGAUAAAACCAAAAGAAAAGCCAUGUUAGAACGAUCACAAAAAUAGGAAAUAGGGCCAGGCCUUUAAUUCAUGCUUUUAACACAGCAGAGUCUAGAAUCCCAUUCAGAGGUGUGCUGGAAGAUGGCUGUGAGAGAACCAGAUGAACCGCCCUCGAGCCAGGGGUUUGUCACUCUCCACCCACCCACCCAUCCACUCGGACAUGCGCCCUGCUCAUGGCUAUGAAGCUCUCCUGAAAGCCAGGUCAGACAGAGGGGAGGCUCGGACUCAUCUCGCCGCCAACCUGCAAGGUUCCAAGGACAUAAACACGGUUAGGCAAGGAAUUCACAAAUGGGAACCAUGAGCCAGGUGUGACAGCCCACGCCUGUAAUCUCAGUGCGCUGUGGGGCUGAGGCAGGAGAAUUGGAAGUUGGAGCCCAGCUUGGGCAACUUAGUAACUUGGUGAAACCCAGUCUCAAAGUAAAAACUAGCAAAGAGUUUUGGGAUGUAGCUCAGUCUAAAGGCCCUGAGUUCAAUCCACAAUACCACUAGAGAGAGAGAGAAAUAAAGGAAGGCCUUGAAAAGGAGGAAAUGGAAGUUUAUGUGUAAUAGUUAAAAAACAUUUUUUUUUUAAAUACAACAUUAGAACAGCAAGGGGACAUGAUUCUACCAAAAAAGAAAGUAAGUGUCACGGUAGCUAUACAGAGGGCACCAGUCCUAGUAGUACAGGAGGGACAGACUGCAGAGAAGCUGGGUUUGGCUGCUGCCCUUCAAAGCAACCCAGAGUGUGGGUCCCCUCCUGUGUAGACCAUAGCUCAAAUGGAGUCCUAGUGUAUGUAUUCUGCUUGCUUUCACACUGAUGUGAGACCAUUCUACAUGUCAGAUGGGUCCUCAUGCCAGGCCUAAUGCUGCAAAGCAGGCAACUGCACCACUGAGCUGCAUCCUCAGCCCCAGUGUGACUUCCUUUCAUACCCCCAGAGGAAUGUUUUAUGUUUUCAUGUGGCUGAAGCUUUUGAUCUUUUCUGUUACACAUCCUGGGCCCUGUUUUCUUAAAUUCUGUCCUGAUGAAACCUUUGUAUUUCCCCUGGGUGGGAGUCACCUGGUUUUCCAGAAGGAUCCCAGACAGAGACCAAAGAUGGAAGGCCUUGCUGCUUACCGACCUGGAGCAAGCCGCUCACACACCCGGGGCCUGCGAGGACAGGACACCAUCGGACACCAGCCUAGAGGACAGGUGAGGGUCACCCUGGUGUAGCACCUGGGCUAGCCUGCCUCACAGGCACCCACACUGCAGCAGGGGCACUCCAGGGCCAGUCCACAUGGGGGGACACUGAGCCCUGCAGCCUUCUGGAAGGUAGUGGAGUCUUCCCAGCCCAUUCCAUGCCUCCUGCUGCAGCCUAUAGGCCUGACCACUCAGGCCUGGGGGGGCCUUCCACUCUGCUGCCACAGGACCCCCACCUUUGUCUUCCAGACUUACGUGCUAAGGGCAGGCAGGGCAGCGGGACUGGCCAUGUGGCACAUGGUGGGCAGGAAGCUGGUGGCGGGUGGCAGGGCAGUGGCUGCAACCACUGGAGGCCACACAGAGUAACUAAGGGAGGAGCCUGGCACGGAGCCAGGCUGUAGUGGGGUAGAAGGCGUGUAGUGGUGGUGGUGGUGCACCGCAGGUGGCUUCUGCCUCUCAGCUUGCAGGACGACCGGGCGCAUUCCCCUCGGGUCCUGGCAUAGAACGCAUAGCUAGAUUCAGGAUGGUGGCCUCUUUCCCUGAACCUACACCUGAUGGACAGGUUGAACAUGAAGGCAGGAAGGGGCAGCAGCUGUAGGUAGAGCAUGGGCCAGGGGCUUCCUGGACCUCAGGUGCACAACCCGUUCCUUACGGAGGGGGCAGCAUCACUGGGGCUUCACAGCUGGACCAAGGUUGGAGCCAAAGAUGCCCUUCAGGGCUACCCAGAUGCAGGGGUCCCAGGAUGCCCCCCGGCCCACCUGCAGGGCAGGGCGCGGUCCCGCGGGUGCCAGCGCAGGAGGUAGGGCUUUGAGCAUCAUGUUCUGCAUGAGGAUCUGGUGCAUCUGCGCGUUCUGCAUCAGCAUCAUCUCUACCAUGUCUGGAAGGAGAAACUGGGACCUGACCUCAGGCUCUGCCUUGGAAGCAGAGCGUUAGUGCCUCACAUUGUUAAAAGGGUGCCGCACCUCACAGGCACCGGGAACAUUCCGUGUCCGUGUUGUGCAGGCCCAUGGCACGCUCCAGGAGUGGGACUUCCCAGGGAGGGGAGGUGUGGGAAAGGCUCCGUGGCUUCCCUGGCUGGCCUCACUGCCACUUCCGUCCCUCACAUCCCCUGGCUGCAUGGUGACCCCAGAACAGCAUAGUCCCCUCCUAACUGCAAGACCUCUGAAUGUAACCUCAUUUGAAAAAGGGUCUUUGCAGAUGUAAUUAGGGAUUCUGAAAUGAAAUCAUCCUGGAAAGGACCCUAAACCCAGUGAAAGUACUGUGUACUAAGAGAGGGGCCAAUCUGGGGGAGGGUAUGCGAGGAUGGGGGACAAGGCUACAGGCACAGGAGCAUGGGCAGGACCGUCCCGUAGCCUCCCGAGGAUCCAGCAGUCCUGCUCACACCUGGGCUUCUCAAGUCUGUUCUCCCAAAUUGCAAGGUAUUAAAAUUCUGCUAUGUAAACCAC